GUAAUCCCAAUAUCAUCGCAACCAACUGAGACCAACCACCUCGAACCUCAAGUAAACCGUAUCCCGGGCUCGCUCCAUAUCAUUAUAUUCACACGUGAUAGUGCGAGAAACUCAUACUUAUUUGCAAGUGUCGCUCCGACUCGCUCGUCAAAACCCGAUGACCUCCAACGAUCAGCACUUCAACCUUCUUCCUCCUCUCAUCCAAGUCGGACACGCCGAACAGUUCAUUCAAUCGGGAAAGACACUUUUAUCUUCUCAAUCACCUUUGAAUCAGUCUUAUGCUGUAUUUCCAUCUGCCCGAAAAGAUGAUGCCCCAAGCAUAAAAGCCAGUGGUGUGGAAGAGCAGCCCAUUUUCUUUGUGAGCAGUGAAAAUUUGCCAUCAUCUGAAAGACGACUGUUCAUCGGAGAUACAUCCAUAAUAUUUGCUGCGUUACAAAACUUGCUUAACACGGCUCAAAGCCGAGGGCAGGAAUGGUUACAAAGUCAAGAAACCCAUAAUGUGAUCAGAAAGCUAACCCUGGAUUAUGUUAAUUUCACCAGAGAGUGCUGGAUACACACCUCACAAGCGUCCGUUCAGUCCUCCCAAUUUUCUGGUGAUCAUUACCGCAGCUUAUACACGUGUCUUGCCCUAUUCGCUGUUUUAUACGUACCCGAGUACGGGUACGAAGACGCACCAGUAGGUGACGAUUUGAUGGAGUGGCUGAAUAUCCACUUCAUCGAACCUUCUACCGAGGAGGGCGAUCACCUAUCAGGUCUAGAUCAUCCUUGGGAAGAUGAAAUAUUCUGGCCGUAUCUUGUCAGGGUGACUUUGAGAGGCCUUUCCAAAGCCGCGACCUUCUUUCUCGCAACGCUAUCAACUCACCCGUCCGACAAUCUCCGACGGCUCGCUCAACGGUUGUCCCCAUUACUUCAAUCUCAGCCUCACCUUCAGUCUUUCGAGGCGGAGCGCGAUUUUGCAUAUGCUUCUCACCGAUGGAAGGAUAAGGUGAAAGCUCUGCGAAUUGAACUAGAUAGUGUCUCUGAAUCUGAUCGGCAUGACGGGAUCGAGAAUUGGUGGGAUCGUCUGAGUGACAUUGUUGGUAUACUAGAAGGACGCACCGAAGUCAUUCGUCGGGUCUGCGAAGAUCUUGGCGCGGACUGGAGAGAAAUUUCUGUCUCGUGGGGCGUAUUUGCUGAUGCAAGACUACGAAGACAAGAUUUACCUGAGGUUGUCUCCCAGGUCCUUGAUGACAUGCCUCAAGAUCCGACGAAUUUAGAGGAUAUGGUACAUGCAGCGCUGUUCAGCGGUGACCCAACCAAAGCAUUGUCCCACGCAGCGCAACUUGACCCCUGGCUUGCUGCACAUAUGGCAGAUUUAAUGCAAGCAUUAUCUUUAAUCGAAAAAGAUGCAAAUGAGGACUCAGGUCUCAAUGUCAGAGAUUUUUACGUGCUCGGUUAUGCACAGUACCUUCAUUCUGAUCCUGCCCUUUGGAGAAUUACUGUGGCAUACAUGUUUUCUUGCGGAGAAACUGGCAUCAGAAGUGCCGACGAAGUGUUGAUGCGCGUUCCCCUCAAGUUGCGCACCGUCAAAUCAAUUACCAAUGACCAAGGGGAGCAAAACGGUGCCGACAAUUUAAAGUCUGGAGACCUUGCUGGUGUGGUAAAAGACAUCAAUGCGACGUGUUAUGAAUAUCAGCGGGAGGAAGUUCGACGAACUAUUUGUCGCAUAGCUGCUCAGACCUUUCUACAAGAAAAGGAGUACGGACUCGCACUUUCGUAUUCUUCUUCGGCGGAAGACUGGCCUGGACUAGGUCGUGUAGUUGAUCGCGUUUUACAAGAGUAUAUCACUGCAGGGCCGGACCAAUUUAUCCGUUACGUAGCUAGCAUUGCGCCGUCACUCCAGACACUUCGAAUGCAGCCCGGUGCACAAGGCAUCUUCAUCCACCGCUUGAUGUUUGCUGUUCGUUACGCUGAAUUCCAUCAGCGCCUGGGUAACCAGGAUCUGCAAGAUGCUGCAUGGGAUCUUGUAUCAAUGUUCCAAGACAGAUUUUCUCCAAAAUCAUGGUGGGCGGUCCUAUUGUACGAUUCCCAAAGACUUUUGCAGCAUGACGCUACAUUGCUCUUUCCAUACGCAAGCGCGCGCGUUCUACUACAGCAUUUGGAAGAAGUAAUUGCGCGAACUGAUCAAGGAUCCGGCGAUGAGUAUCUCCGUGUCUUGAUCGCAAAGCUCGGUUCUGGUGGGACAAAUGAGGCACUUCAUGCACUCCAAGGCGUACGGCUGGCACUGGCGAAGUAUUUUGCCAGAUGCACGAUGAUUGGCACUGGGGGGAAACAGAUUUUGGAGCGCAAAUUCAUUGCUGCGGUGUGACACAACCUGAUUUUUACGUCUUUGCAACUAUCGUUAUUGAUUGACAUUACGAGUUAGUACCACUUUAAUGCAGCUUCACAAAAAGCCCAUGUGCUAUUCGAAAGGCGAACUUCCGCACGGCAUGGGACAUUUGAAUUCCGGUGCCGAACAAAUUAUCAUAGAAGAGCACUAGAACGUUCUUGGGACCUC